CACUUCCUCAUUCCUCUUUCUCUCUAACUGUCGCGAUCCUUCCUUUCUUUGUUUUGUUCAAAGGACUACACUCUAAAAGAUAAAGCUAAAGAAAGAUAAAAAGGAGAGUGAAAUAGACUCGAUUGGUAUUGUAUAAUGUGAUGAUGCAUCUUACAGCGAAUCAAGGUGUUAUGUUUUACAAAAGCCACCGAUAUUAUUCUGCAUCAAGAAAUAUUGCCUUACCACUUGCGGUUAUGUGCGCUCGUGAGUAUGGCCAGCUGGCAGUCGAAUUUUAAAAACAAACAACUCAAGAGACGAAUGCUGUCAGUCAGUUUGUUGUGAUUCACUUUGCAUGAUGCAGUUUUAUUUUGAAAAUUGCUGUGUACCUCUUACAAAUGAUUAAUUAUAGAACGGAAUGGCCUUUUUCAUGUGUUUAUUUGCCAUAAACUGAAUAAAGUAACAAUGACAGCUUUAGGAGUUAUUGCCAAGUCAAUAGAAAAUUUGCGUACCUUACAACUUCAAGAAUCCUUAUCAUCUGAUCAUGAUACCAAGAAAAAAGAAAAAAUUGCCAAUUGUUUGUCUUUGACAAAUAAUGUAACUCUGACAGUUGUCAAAUCUGCACCUCAAGUUCUGAAUCUUUCAAUAGAAACUUUGCUUUGCUUAUGUGAUGAUUUUGAUGCUGAUAUUAGAACAGUAGCUGAUGAAUGCCUUAAUAAAAUUAUUAAGGCAACUGUUGAAAGUUAUGUGCUCAAAAUACAAUUUGAGUUGUACCGUGAAAUUAAAAGGAAUGGUGCAGCACGGUGCUUAAAAGCAGCUUUGUGGAGAUUUGGUUUGCUCAGCCAUAUGAUAAGGCCAGUAAAAGCCAAAGUUUUUGCUUCGCAGCUGACACCAUGUAUUUUAGAAAUAGUCAAACGUAAAGAAGAUACAGUAUUAGAAACUUUAUCUCAAUCAUUAACGUUAAUUUUAAAAACGUUAGGUCACUAUCUUGCAGACAAGGAUGUACAGGUUUUACUCAAAGCAUUUUUUCAAAAUAUUGCAUCUAAUGAGGCUACCAUCAGAAGAAGUGCAGCUAAUAUGAUUGUAGCAAUGUGUGUAAAUUGUCGUAAGCCUCCAAAAUUUUUUAACUUUGUUGUAGAACAUUUAUUAGAUGUUCUAUCUCAAGAAUCUGAAACAAGUACUGAUGAAGUACAAAAAGCAGAAAAUAUGAAUUCUAUUUUUGGAGUUUUUACAUGUUUAAGACUAAUAAUACCUAAUAUUGAUUCAAAAUCAACCAUAACAGAAAAUUUUAAUUCAGAUCACAUUCUAGAACAUUAUAUUUGCAUUUAUGAAUUGUGCUUAUAUUAUGCUAAAUUUUAUUCAAAUCAUAAUGUGAUAAAUGCUGCAUUAGAAACUUUGGCUCAAUUGCUUCAGAAUCCUCCAGAAAAUGUUAUUAGAGUGUUGUUGUCAAAAGAUGGUAUAGCUCAUCGAAUUAAUAAAUUAAAAGAUCAUGGAAAACAGUGGUCCAGUAAAAUAAGUUUAUCAACAACAGUUAUGUCAUCAGAAGAUUUUGGAUCUACCACUAAUCUUUUUGAAAAUGAUAUAGACAUUCCAGAAAUAAAUCCAAAAGUAGAAAAAUGGAUGACUGAUAGUGUAGAUGUUUCAACAAAUUUUCAAAAAACAAUGGGCAAAAUCGUUUCAUUUAAUUCUAGUCAGAUCAUUGAUGCCAAAGAAAUGGAGGACUAUAGUGGACUUCAUAUUGGAAGUAUAAAUACAGAAGAUAAUGAUCUAGAAAGUAAUGCAAGUAGUGAGCCGUCUCGCAUAGAAAAACCAAGUGAACUAAGUUUACCUACUAGUCAAGAUCAAUUAAAUUCAGAAAUCGAAGAAGAUUCACCGUCGACUUAUUACAACCUCGACGAUACGAUUCACAAUAAUGUUCAAGAGUACAUGUGUAAACGUGGUGAAUUAACAAUCGGUAACAUCAACGAUUCUGCACCAGCUCUAAGAUACUGCUGUCGUCUUGUAGCCUCUUCUUUUCUUUUAACUGGCGUACCUGGUGAAAUAGUUUCCGACGAUUUGUUCAGAGUAAGUGUUAAAUCACUAGCUCUUAGUUGUUUGGCUGGGGUUCUACGACUUGUACCAGAGAUGCUGAACGAAAAAUUAGAAACUACCAAUGGCGAAAGCCAAAUAAUUUCAGAUGUAUUGGAGUUUGCAAAACAUCAAGAUCCACAAAUCAGGGGAAACGUAGUGCUUUUGAUAGCAAAUUACUUGAGAAGUGUUUUAGAAAACAAAGAUGUUCUAUUGAAACAUUCUGAAUUAGUUGACUUCAAAAGGCUGACAAAUUCUAUAGUAGAGGGUCUCGAGGAUGAAUCUGCAACAACAUGUCGUCAAAGUCUCAGCGCAGUCAGUGUACUUUUGCCAACUUUACUAGAAUCUGCGCAGAGCCUUCAUGCAAUCAGCAUGUUAGAAACUUUACCAUGUUUAGCGAAUAAUCCGUACUUCCUGGUGAAAAUAAAACUAGCGGAAGUGGUUUGUGAACUCCCUUAUACAACGAUCGAGCACGUAUGUUCGGAUUUGAAGUUUCAAGACAAAGUCGUCGAUAUUUUGUUGAAAUUUUUGGUCGACGUAGAUCAGCGAGUCCGAAAGGCUGCCAGCAAUGCAAUAGUCAAGAUCAUUCCAUGCUUGCACUUCAAUCAAGCGCGAGAGGACGCCCUUACUCGUCGUGCGAUGCAGUACACCGAGCAUCACGUGGUGACGAGCAUACAAGCUCCGAUCGGCCCAUCUCACAGCGUGCAUCAUCGUCUUCUGGUCGACAGUCUAAUGCCGACAUUCGCAGCUCUGUUUCAUCGUCCUGUCGACGUUUCUCGCGAUCACAUGGUAGAAAUCGACGAAGCCCUGUCGCGAAUUCUGAACGUAUUGGUCGAACGUCUGCUCAUUCAUUCGUCCAAGCAGUCCUCGUACGGCUACUGCGAGGCUCUCUAUACUUUGAGCGAAACAUAUCUAACGAGUAUCUAUCACAGAGCCUGGGAUUGUCACGUAGGUCCAAGAGGGCACAAAAGCAAGACGGAAAAAAAGAGAUCCAAUGCACGCAGCGAUACAACCGAGCGUUUACCAGAUAUAACGAGUGAACCUCUGAUCCCAUUGAGCAGUAGUCUUUUCUCUCAAUCAAUGAUCUUAUUGACGACUUCGCCACUUGGCUUGGACUUGUCGUUACAUAGGCACCUGCUGCUACUCUCCAGUAAUUUAGCAGCUGGUAUCGCUUGCAGCAGCUUUCGUCAUGAAGCGCAAAGACUCGAGCAAGAAUCGGACUAUAAGUACUGGAGUUUUUUUAAAGACAAGGAAACUUCGAGGAACAUGGAGAACCUUUUGCAACAUUUGCUGAGAAUAUUAAAUAUUUUUCAACACGUUAUUGAAGAUUUACCAUCGCCGAUUCCAAGCUCGAGCAAGUCAAAUCUGGCCAAUAAUCUCUCCUCGCCAACGGCACAGUCACCCAAACGUAAACUCAUGGAAGGCUCGUCUAAGUCCACGAAAUCUUCGGAAAAAAGCAGCAGCGAAUCUCAGCACCAAAGCCGACCCAUCUUCCGCUUCAACAGCAAGGACCAGCUGGGCUCGCUAACCGGUCAAAGUCACUACUACCGCCUGUACGAAUUAAUGAGAACUGCUCACUCGAAUUACCGCAUAACGCUCGAUCAAUCCGCCAGCGAGCUGUAUCUCGGCUUGCUGAACGCGUGCUUGCGAGCUUUGGCCCAAGUGCUGGAGGUAGCUACGGUCAUCGAAUCGAAUCGCGUGGUCGAGGAAAUACUUCAUUACCUUCAAUCGACGAUGACGCUGCUACCCACGGCGACGAUUCAAUGCGUUCGCCAGCUUCUUAAAAGUCUCUUUGGCACGAAUCUGGUCGCCAGGUGGUUCGAGAUUCGAGAGUCCAGAAAAUUAAUCAACACCAAGUUGGCUUGGGACGACGACGACGAUAUCGAGCGGGACACCGGAUUUUACGAGCAAUGCUUUCAGAGACCGGCAAAAGUUAUGAACGAAAGAAUUAAGGAAAUCGAUAGCAAUAGCAAAAAUUGUAACGAACCGGAUGUGGCCUACCGUGUGGUAAAGUCAAUUCAACGUACGGAGGAUAAAAAAUUGCCUGCGUUUCUUAAAAUAUUAAAUCGCAACUCUGAUCAAAACUCUGUAGGAUCGUUCAUACGUUUGUUCGAACCGCUGGUCAUAAAAUCCUUGAUUCAAUACACCAUUACCAAUUGUAUCUCGCUGCAAUGCGAAGUGUUGAUGCUUCUGAGUCAACUGGUACAACUACGUAUAAAUUAUUGUCUCAUGGACUCGGAUAAGAUUUUCAUCGGCUUUGUAAUGAAGCAAUUCGAGUUCAUCGAAGACGGUCACAUUCCACAGACAGAACUCUUACUCCCGAAAAUUGUCGACUUUCUCGUGAGGCUGUCGUACGAGAAGUAUCAUUCAAAAAUGAUCAUCGGAAUGCCGAAAAUUAUACAGUUGUGCGAUGGCUUGAUGGCCAGUGGACAAGCGCCACAAACUCACUGCAUCCCAGCAUUGGUGCCUGUCGUGGAGGAAAUGUUCCUCAUGAAAAAUCCGCCCUCCAACCCGAACGAGGAAAAAGAGCUCGAGACGACGAGAGAAGUAUUGAUGUCGAUGAUGUUGAGAUUGGCCGAAUAUCCUGCAAUAAUCGAAUUAAUUGCGAGAUGUCUUACCGAGUCGCGAGGUAGUAACUGCGGCAAUGGAGAAGAAAAAUGGAGAAGAUGGUCGAGGCAGGCUUUAGAUACGAUACUCCCAAUGCUGUCGUCCAGAAAAGUCCGAUUGGAAUUCAACGAAGCCAACUUUGCGUUGAUAAAAUUAUUCUCUGCAGCAUCGCCAACCGUAUUCAGGCCCGUUGACCCGCUGCUCAAAGUGCUACUCGCUGUGCCUCCUUCGAUCAACCAAUCGUCGCACGAUCUGCCGUCAGUUACUGUCGUGGACUUUCAACGAUGGUUAGUCACCGUAAACUCCUCUCUGCUGGCUAUCGUAUCUUACGCCAAGGAGGAAGCGAUGCUGUCGCGUUUGGCUGACGUGGCGAUCACGUUUCCCGAAUUGGCCGACAUAUUGAUGCUCAAAAGCGAUGUAAAACGUUCCCUCAGCGGCGAUCCACUCAAUGUUUCGGGGCGCAUGGAGCCUGAACUAAUUAUUCCGCCGGAAAGAAUAUUGGCCAGAUUUUUGUUACGAGCCGUCGAAAUGAUUGCUACGGUCCUCCUCGAUGUCAUUCAAGGAUCGGCUGUUAAAUUCUUAAACUGUCAAGGCGAUUUCAAAGAUGAAAACCAGCUCGUGCAGCAGUCUGGAUUAUUUUUGCAACUGUGCAUUCACAUGUUCGAGACGGGAAGUCAUUGCAAGGUUGCGAAUGCCAGUAUGCAAUUGCUGAGUGGUAGAGACAUUCCUGAAAAUGAACAGUUUUCACUGGAUCAUUCGAACGCGGCCAUGAUAUCGAUUGGAAAAAAUUGUCCAAUAAUUUCGUGUCAGUGGGUCUAUCUUCUUACUCUUCUAGGCUACGAUCGGAUAAAGUUCUGGUCAGAAAUGAUUGGACCAUCUUCGUCAAAAGACCACGAGGUAUCCUUAAAUACACUGAUUCACCGACGUGCAUCUCUUAUUCUAUUUUGUGACUAUAUCUGCGAGAAUAUAAGCGACUCUGAGAGUUUACGAUGGUUCUUGGCUAAUCACUCGUCAGCCGCGGUAAAAAUGUCAGAAGAAGAACCGGUACGGGAGUUGGUUACUGUGGCAGUACAUCGAGAGUCAGAGUCGAGUGGUUUAUUUCUCAGUGCACUCGAAAUCGAUCCGUCCACUGAUAAACCAGUGUAUGUCAAAAGAUUGCUUAGGUGUCUCGAGGCAGUUCAUCAGGCUCAAUCAGGAAAAGUUUUGAAGAUUCUUGUGCCAAGUUUGCUGACUACCAAAUAUUUAGUGCUGUCUAGAUUGGCAGCUAAACUUGCUAGUAGGAGAGUUGAAUUAUUACUCACAAUGGGAAAAGAUGAAGUUUUGAUUCAUCUUAGUGGAGAUGAGUUGAAGAAUAUUUUCACGGCCCUAGAAAAAAAAGGUCUCGCUAAAAAACACGGAGCCCUGGUUGGUUUACUUAACAAACUUGCAACAGUCCAUUACGAUUUGCAACCUCUCAAUUUGGAGCUUAAAAAAUCGUCGGCUUUCAAUGACAUAAAGAGCUUUAAACUGGAUCGCACUUGGUUUUUUUCACAAGUCAAAGCCCGAUGCUGCACAUCGUGCAUUAGUUAUGGUUGUUACGAAUCAGCCUUGCUUCUUAGUCACUUGAACGUCAACGAGUGUCUUGAUAUAUUUUCAUCGUCGAGUUUUGAUAUCAAGUUAUUACAAGAGUGUGUGAUAAUUGGUGCUAGACUGACUGCAGUUGGUAUACAAAAAUUAGAGCUCGAUGGUGCUGAUAAGUAUAGAGAACCAUCCGAACAUAUGUUGUUCACCGCCACUAAACAAAGUAUAAUACAGCAAAUCACCAGUAUUCUUAACAAGUUAGAAAAACCUCAUGAAAUUUUUGUACCCCUUGCUGAGAAAGUAAACUCGUAUACAUCGUCCUUAGUGACUCGUUUGGAAGAUCCAGAAUUUCGGCAAAUCAUAUUUAAUUUAAUCCCAGCGGUGACGGCCUACGUCAAAUGGUCAUCGAAACUUGAGCGUCCGAUCGAACCCGAUUACGCGGAGCCGUUAUCGCAUUUCUCGGUUUUGUGUCUCGAAAUUUGCCAAUCGUUUAUUUACAAUUAUCCGUCAGCUGGUCAAGUAUCACCACAUGAACUUGAUUUUGCCUUGAGAUGUGCUAAAGUAAUCCUUCAGAAUCCAGAUGUAAAUGCAUUCUUAUCAUCUUCGAGGCAGUAUUCUUUGACGUGUUCAGCUGCGUCUGCGUUGGACACCAUUGUUCGAUAUUUUUGUAAAAAUCACUCCUGCGCUGAGCCUGAUCAAAUUUAUGAGAACUGCCAUGGGUUGCAAGAUGCAAUGGCAUGCGAAUCCACUAGAGAGUACGCCACCGCAUGUUUACAAAUGUCGGGGUUGGUCGCUUGGUUAGAGAGAAGACAAAGAUCGAACGAUAAAAAGUCGGAAAAUGAUGACAUUCCAAUGUUUUUCUAUGAUUCCAUAAAAAGUAUAAUUGUAAGUGUAGCUAGACAACAAUUGGUAAAUUCAUUUGUGCUGAUGCCUCCGCUGUUGUGGAGGCAAGGCUGUGAUAUUGUUGGAUCCGGUCCUACCAAGUGUAAUUUCGCUCUGUUUCUUUCGGAGCCUAACUAUAUUCCCGAUCUCGAAAUCCUAGAGGAAUUCAUGUACCGCAUUUCCUUGCUCGGUUGGACGUCUCGGCAGCAAUUCGAAGAGAUCUGGAUGGUAUUGCUGGGUGUGUUGAACGUUUCACAGCUUCAGAACAAUCGAUCAGAGCAAAUGGACUCUGCGUCAAGUCUGAGUCAUACGGCCAGUCUCGCUGUGCAAGCCAUCACUAGUCUGCUCGUGCAGACUCUUGUUUUGCCAACUCCGGGCAAUCCGAGCAAUGGGAGAGUCAUCAGACAUCCUCGCGAUCCUCAGCUGUCUUUGCAGAAAAAAAGUACCAAAAGGCUGUUUUACGUUCAAGAAUUACUACUAUGGAGAUUAAACACAAGUGACUGUGAUUUGCCAGAGCUCGAGCAUAUUUUCAAUCGCGGCAAUUUGGAGCCUCGUUCCAGCGAAAAAGAUCAAGCGUUUAGUCAAUUGUCCGUGUCGUAUCUGUGGUGCCAAUGCUCGUUACACGCCGACAAGCUCAGUUCAUCGGUGCUGAAACUAAAGAAGCGACGGGAUAAUGCACUGGCAAACUCGGCUCUCGACGUUAAUUCCUGCCUGUAUUUCCUGCUUGACCUCUACAACUCGUGGCUGAGUCCGAGCGCCAAAGUACCUUUGCGCUUGCUCCACGAGCUGAUCAAGUCGCUGCUCUUUGUCUCCGAUCUGUUCUCCGAGAGAUCUCACUUUCAGUGGAUGCUCGAGUCUUGCCUCGAUCUGUGGAAGGCUCAGGUGGCCGACGACGAGAUACUGCGCAGAUAUCUGAUCCUCGCCAUUUGCAAAUCGGUCGCCGUGCUCACCCCACUGGACACCGAGACUCUGGACAAGGUGAGGCGCAUAGUCGACAGCAGCUUGAAGUGCGGCUCGAUAUCCAUGCGAAUGGCGACGCUGCACGGCACUCUGUACAUACUUCAAAGCGCCGUGCUGGCCGACUGCGAGGAAACGAUGAGCACGGUUCACUCGGCGAGCAUCGAGUACAUCACGCGCCACUUGAACGGCACGGCUGACAAUCGAGUGUCGAGCCAGAGCCAGGAGCACCAGUGCCUGCUCUGGGCGCUGGUGUUUUUCCUGCUGGAGCACGCGGAGAGCACUCCGCCCGAGGUCGAGGCGCCCGCCGUCCUGGGAAUGAUCAUGUCGCUGGUCUCCUCGGCGAGCAUUUCCAGCUCGCUGCAUCGGAUGCUGCUGCAGGGCCUGGAGCGCCUCGUCGCCACUCGCAGCGUCCUCGGCAAGGUGUCCGAGCAAAUAGUCAAGAUAUCGCUGGAUCGAUUGCGCCAGUCGAAUCCGGUGCUCUCGUUGCCGGCGCUACAGCUCUUUCUCACUUGUAUGUACACCGAGAGCGCGGAGCGUUUCAACAAAGCCGAAGAAGAGGAGGAGGCGGCGUCGGCGGGGGAGGGGCUCGCCGCAGCCGACGCACUCGAGCCCGAAGUACUCGUUCGCUCGAUCGAGAGAUCUUCAGCUAUUUUCGAUAAGAUCAAAAAAGCCUACCCACUCGAGGUCGAGAUACUCUGCGACGUGCUGGCCGAAGUGCUCAUCGACUUCUUCCCGCCGAUGGAUAUCUUGACAAAAGUUAUCGGAGAGUUUUUGUCGCCGCAGCAGCCCUACCCUCGUUUGAUGUCCGCUAUUGUGUUUAAGGUGUGCGAAAAAGCCGGCAGCAGCGCGCAGCUUAGCCUGCUGCAAACUUGGGUGGUUUUCAGCAUACAAAACUUUAUUCAGAGCUUACCGCUUAUAAUGUCGACUUGGUGCCUGUCUUGCUUCUUCCUCAGCUCGUCGACGAAUCCCUGGCUACGUGCUCUAUUUCCGCACGUGCAGUCGAGGAUCGGCAAAUACGAGGCAGAGGAUAAGAAAAUACUUUGUAUAGCUGCUUUGGACUUUUACUCGCAGUUGCCUAGUGACUCUCAAAGAGAAACCUUUGUUAAGACGUUCGAGGAGGCUUCGAAAGAACCUGGCUCUCCUUUUGCGGAUAUCUUGGCUUGUUUAUAAAAUAAUGAAUAAUAAAUUUAUCGACU